AUGAAAAACCCCUUCCAAGGCCUCGUCAUCGCUGCCAGCGGCCACUUUGGCCAUGGCCGCUCGCAAGAAGACUUCAAGCGCUGGACCGAGAGCAACGGCGGGACGUGGGCGACGACCGUCACGGCGCAGACGACGCACCUGAUUGCCACCAAGGACCACUGGAACAAGCAAGCGCCUCUAGUCAAAGACGCCCUCGCGCAGCCGACAGUGCACAUUGUCAACUUCGACUGGCUCGAGGACACGCUGACCAAGCGGACGCGCUGCAAGGAGAAGCCGUACCUCUGGGCCAACAGCGCCGCCGCGCCCAAAGCCAAGAAGCAGCGGCAGCAGCGGAAAAAGGCCGCCAAGCGCGCGGAGACGAAGCUGGUGGAGCGUGACGUGCGUGACUUUGAGGAUGGAUGCCAGUCCGCCAAGGACGAUCUUGACAGCGGUACGUCCCUGCCGAGCUCUACUCCACUCAAGCCCGCGGCCCAGCGCAGCAGCAGCGACGGCGGCGGCCCCGGCUCCAGUGUCUCCUCCCCUGCCGCCGCCGGCAGCACCGCGCCCUCCACGCCUAGCAAGCCAGCCGACGGCAAUGACGGCGUCGACGCCGGCACCUCGGGCUCGGCCACUGCGUCCAGCACGCCGACGAAGGCGCCGAAGACAGCGUCCGAGGCGCUGGUCAUGAUCCGCGCGCAGCGCAAGGCGCGGGACGCUGCGAAAGCCGCAGCAGCGGGCAGGGGCACGGGAGCAACCUUCACCACAUAUACAGACAGCACAGGCUUCGCGUACCGCAUCGCGCUCACACGCGUGUGCGUCGCGACCAAUACCUCCGAACGGCACGUCCUCGCGCUAUACGAGACGCACACGGCGCCGCACACGUACGCCGUGCACACGCGCUUCGUGGCGCGCAGCGGGCGGGAGACGGCAACGGUGCUGGCGCCCGUGGGGUCUGCGUUCGUGGAUGCGUUCGCGCUCUUCCGCGCUGAGUUUGAGCGCUUGACGCGCGUGCCGUGGGAAGAUCGCCUGCUGGGUUCCGAGGCGCUGAGGGAGCGCUUGGAGCGCCGUGAGCGCUGCGAGAGGAUCGCCGACGAGGCCCGCGAAUGCGUCGCUCGUGAGGCGGCGGGGAGAGAGGGGGGGACGCGCAAGCGCGCUGCUGCUGACAGCGACUCUGAGGCCGAGGGGGGCUCGAAGAAGAAGAAGAAGAAGAAGAAGAAGAAGAAGAAGAAAGCGAAGCGCACGAAGAAGGGCGCGGAUGUGGAGGUUGCCGCUGCCUCUGGCUCUGGCUCUGGCGCUGCUGCUGCCCCUGUCAAGCUCGCCGACAGGCCGUUCCUGUAUACCCCGCCUGCGCAGGGCCGUCCGCGGGGCCUGCUGCGCCCGCUCUUGGAGCCUGUUGAGGGUGCCGGUGCCGCUGCUGGUGCCGCUGCUGGGGCUGGGGCUGGGGCUGGGGCGCCUCUGGGCGAGCCGGCUUUCUUGUCUUUGGGGGCGAAGUGA